UGCCCCAAAGGUAGUAAAGAAAAAGAAAAAGAAAACAGAAAAAUUGGGUUAGAGACGGCUCACAGGCGGUCCAACUCCGCAAAACCACCCCGUCAAAGCUCUUAGUACUACAAUUCAGACAUCCACCCGUCAAUAUCAUCCAUCCUUUCUCUGUCUUUUUAUUCUGUAAAGAUCUAUUUUAGGGUUUCACCCUCCCGCAGCUUUUCCGUACGGCUUAGAAAAAUCGUGAUGGUGAAAGGAUAUACUCAAGAGCACAUUUACAAGCAUCCGUGGGAACGAGUAACUUCUGCAUCUUGGCGCAAGUUUGCUGACCCUGAGAACAAACGUACCUUGUCGCACAUUCUUGAAGUUGACACAUUGAACCGCAGACUUGAUCCUGACUCUGGCAGGCUUUACACUACUCGUGCUCUUACCAUCCAUGCUCCAGGGCCAUGGUUUAUUCGCAAAAUCAUUGGCCAGGAUAUCUGCCACUGUGUUGAAUCGACAGUUGUUGAUGCCCAAUCUAAGUCAAUGCAACUUACAACCCGUAAUGUCAGUCUCCAGAAGUUCAUAGAGGUAGAGGAGAAGAUACGGUAUGAUCCUUACCCAGAUAAUCCAACAGGCUGGACAAUUUGUCGACAGGAGACUAGUAUUCGUAUUAAGCCUCUAUCAGCUUUGGCAUCAAUGGCUGAAAAAGUUGAGCAACGGUGUGCUGAGAGGUUUAUGCAAAAUAGUGUGAAGGGCAGAGAGGUUAUGGAGAGGAUCUGUAAGUAUCUUGAAGCUGAAUCUAGUGGGAUGGCUCUAUAAUUUGGACUUUCACACUUCAAUUUUCAGUUGUCUCUCCCUUAAGAGUAGGGAAUAACAAAAGAAUGUUAGAUGCAAAACCACCAAAGGUUAAUCUUGAAUGUCCUUUUUAGACUUGGUGCAAACACAAUAGACUCGGUUCUAUUGUAGUUGUUACGAAAUCUUCGUAUGGUUUAAGUACAAUUACAAAAUUUAACUUCACCAAGAAAUAUAUAGAAAUUACUUAAUUAAUUAAA